UUACGAUGUUAUCAAAAUAAUUUAUAUAUUCUGCAUUAAUAUUAACAGAUUGGUCAUACUUUUUAUUAUACUUUUGGUUUCUGCUAAAUGGGAAGAAAAAAUUGAUAAAUCGAUUUAUAAAAGUAAAAGUUAUUGAAAAACUCGAUAUAAAAGAUCAACAUGACUCAUACAUCAAGAUAUUUAAGUUACCAUGGCAGUAUGAAUCGUGAUUAUUUGACAGAUGAAGAAGAAAGUCAGCGAGCUCCUUCGGAUCGUACUAUGUCAGAGUACAUUGUGGCCAAUGAUCACACUACAAUGGUGAAACCAGUUAUACCGACAAGAAAAAAUCGUAAGGAAAAGUAUGAUCAAGGUGAAGAGAGAAGAUCGCAAAGUGCACAAAAUGGUCAUGGAUCUGUACUUUCUGGUCCAUCUCGAUAUCCAUUUAAUAAAAGUGCAUCACAUGGCAGUAUCUGUGACAAUGGUUCAGAUAUAUAUGUUACAAGUGCUGCUUAUAGAACAACUUCAGAAAUAAGCCGUGGAUCUCACCAUAGCCUUGCACCAAGCUCUAGAAUGGAUAAUCGAGCUUCUAGUCACUAUAGUUAUGGUUCUGGAAGAUCGGGAAUAUCAACAGUUAAGACGCAAACUUCAAGAAAAGAUGGUAUUAUUAUAGAAACUAUGUCGACACCUAAUCCUUUUUGCCCGAAUACAAAAGGAAUCUGUUGUCUCAUGUUACUUUUGAAUCUUGGUUUAAUCCUUGUAACUUUGGGUUUUGUUAUAGUGAUACAAUUCUUUCAACCAUUGAUUGUAUGGAUUUUAGGUAUAGUUUUUCUUGUUUUUGGAUUCUUAACAUUGAUAGGAAGCCUUGUAUAUUGUGUACAUGUAUUCAGAAAUGCUAAUCAUCCACAUGAUAUAAAUCCAGAAGAUCUCUACUGGACACGUUAUUGGCAAAAACAAGUUGGAUCAGCACCUGAAGUCUUUUAUAAAGCUGAAGACAAAUAUCAAGAAGAUGGAUAUAGUGAUCACUAUAGUAAAUAUUCAGGUAAAUACUAUGAUAGACAUAGUCAGAAACAUUAAAUAUUUGAAAAACUAUUAAAUAACAAUAAUACAUAUAUAUGAUAAUACAAUAUAUAUAAUGCAUAUAUAUUGAAAGAAAAACCAAAUAAUUAUGUAUAAUUUCAUAAAUAACAAUUAAUCAAUUAAAAUUUGUUAAUACUGGUGCAAUAAAACAUGAUACUUUCUACACAUACUUCUGCAUGCUGAUAUUGUUAAUAAUAAAGUAUAGAUGCAUCAGAAAUUUUUAUACAUUUCUUAUACUUAAAAUAUUUUAUUUAUUUUGUAUUUGUAUUUCUUAAAAUAUACUGAUAAAAAUAUAACUACUACAUCAAAGAUUAUUGAUUAAGGCUGUUCACUACCUUUUGUUCAAAGCGUGUAUGACUUCAACGAUAGGUAUGGAGAAAAUAUGAAUUACGAAUACAAACGGAGAAUGCUGUUCCCACCGUGCGUCUAUUGUAUCGGUGUAUAAGUUUAUGAGUUAUUUCUCUUUUACGCACAAUAACAACUGGUUUCGUGUAGGUUAGAGUAAGUAGUUUGGUAGAUUAUUAAUUUUGAAAAAAUAAUCAACAAAUGUAUAUAUUUUGUAUGCAUUUGUCAUCAAACAAAAUUAUACUGUGUUGUGUCCUAUCUAGCACAGAUCAUUGCGAAAUUCACGUCAGCCAUCACUGGAGAAAAUAAAUAUAAAAGAUUAAAUAUCAAUACCUUACUAUAUUAUCAAAUAAGGAAAAAAAAGUAAAUUAAUUCAUUAUUUUUGUUUACAUCGAUACAAUAAAAAAAGCCACCGGAAUCAUAUUUUUUAACCUCGAACUUACAAUUCCUUAAUUACGAAUCCUAUACGCUUGCCAAUGUGCUACACAUUGCUUAUACAAUUUCUCUCUUUUUAAUCUAUAAAAUUUAAAAGAAACUACAAAUUUUUCAAAAUUUAACAAUGUUUUAGAAACUCAGAUCCCUUGAUAUAAACAUGUCAUAAACUUGACAAUACAUGUCAUUGGACAUGUAUUUCUUUAUUUUGACCAUAGAAUUAUCUGAUCAAAGCUUAUUAAAAUGAUCGAGUAAGUUACCGUAACUUUUCCGUGCGAGCAUCGAGAAACUCAUUUCUUUGCGUUUGGAAAUGUUCAAAAAAUCUAUUUACACAUACAACCAAACAGGUAAUCGCUACUUCAUGGAACAUACACCAUUCAAGCGUGAUAUGAAAAUCAGUAGUGGAUGUACGAGCUUCUUCUUUUUCGCCACAUAUUUCAAGGAGCGCCGUAGUACUAAACUUUUUCUUCACGAAAAAUGUCAAAAACAGCAUUUACGUCAUCAAUGAACAGAAGUAAUUUUUGACCAAUUUUGAUGGAGAAUUUCAAUUUUUAUUUGUAUAUAAACUAUUCUCAAAAAAUACCAUUUUUUAACAUGAUUUUUUUCAAAGAAAAUAUAUCUUUUCCAAAACUCCGCAAGAACAAUUCAAACAGAUUAAACCUUCCUCUUAAAAAUGAAACCUUAUUCAUUAAAAUCGGUUAAGAAUUACGCCUGUUCUCAUUGAUAACGUAAGCCAUUAAAAAAAAACAAGUGUAAUGAACAGCCUUAAUGUAUUAUUAUUAGGGAAAUAAGUUUCUUCGUAUUCUCCCGGUAUAUGAUAUUACGAUCGUAUAACUGAUGAUAUUAAUCAAAUUUGAUAAUUAUAUGUAUUUGCAAUUAUCAAUAUAUGUGUUGCAAGGUGACAUCAUUAAGUAUUUUUAGAAAGAUUAUAAUAUAUUCAUUUAUUUAUUUUAAAUUUAUUACGUUUUGAAAAUAAGUGGAAGCAAAGAAGAAAUUCAAUAAAUUUUGAAAUUUUAUUACAAAAAAAGAAAGAAUACAAUUUAGGAUGCUAAAAAAAUUUUUGAUGUUUAUGAACUUGAUGCAGUAUCAGUAUGACUGGUACAAAGCUGGUUCAAGAGUUUUCAAUUUAGAAAUUUUGAUAUAAGUGAUGUACCUCGCUUUGGUCGGCCAAUGAUUGAAAAAGUCUAUGAAAUCAUGAAAAAAAUUGAGUAAGACCGGCACAUUAACAGUUCUAAUGUCGAUAAACAACUAAACAUUGACCACAAAACAGUUUUAAAUCAUUCGAAGAAGACGGCCAUAUGAUUUAACAAUGAAAAAUUUAAUGGAUCGAAUUAACAUCUGAGAAUCGUUAUUAAAACCGGACCAUUUUUGAAUCAGCUUGUUACGGACGAGGAAAAAUGGAUCACGUACGAUAAUAAUGUACGAAAAAAAUCAUGGUUGAAGGAAAGUGAAGCUCCGCAGGUGGUGGCACAGCCAGGCCAAACUAUUGAUUCUAAUCUCUAUUGUUAAUAAUAGAUCAUGCCAAGCAAUCGAGAUAAAACGACUAAAAUUGAUCAAUAGGAAAGAUAUUAUCUUCCAUCACGACAAUGAUAGAUCACACACAUGAUCUAUCAUUGGUGAUCCAUAAAAAAUUGAGAGAACUUGGCUGGAGAAUUUCAAUGAAUCCACUGUAUUUGCACCCUGACCUUGCACUGUCAGACUAUUAUUUGUUUUGGUCUUUGGCAAAUUCCCUUAGUGGUGUAAAGUCAAAAUGUGCCUGUGAAAAUCAAUUAUUGGAGUUUUUUGUCAAUUAAGCACAUAAGUUCUAAAACCAUGGGAUUAUGAUUUUACCAAAAAUGGCAAAAAAUAAUCGAUCAAAACGGCACAUAUUUAGUGUAAUAAACUUUAUUUGAUAUAUAAAA